UUCGGUAAAAUAGACUUCAUAAAUCAAAACGUCGAGCGAAGUAAUUCUUUUCAAGAGGGCUGACAAGACUACGAGAAGACAGCCAUGGCUAUCGUUGUGCCAGAAAAAUUCCAACAUAUUCUUCGUGUUAUGAACACAAACAUUGAUGGUAAAACAAAAAUUAUGUAUGCUAUGACCUCAAUCAAAGGAGUUGGACGAAGGUUUUCCAAUCUUUGUUUGAAGAAAGCCGAUAUUGACAUGACUAAAAGAGCUGGUGAAUUGUCAGAUGAGGAAGUAGAACGCCUAGUCACUAUUAUGCAAAACCCUCGUCAAUAUAAAAUUCCAGAUUAUUUCCUAAAUAGACAAAAAGAUAUUAAAGAUGGAAAGUUCUCUCAGGUUCUUGCCAAUGGUUUGGAUAACAAACUCCGUGAAGAUUUAGAACGAUUAAAAAAAAUCAGAGCCCAUCGUGGUCUGAGACAUUACUGGGGUCUUCGAGUCAGAGGUCAACACACAAAGACAACUGGCCGUAAGGGAAGAACUGUUGGUGUAUCCAAGAAAAAGAAUUAAAUGUUUUCUUUUUUUUGAAGAAUAUUGAAGAAUAUACAAA